CAAAUGGCGGGAUUGGUAGAGGAACUGUCAGGAUUGUCGAGUUGUUAAACUUACUUUGUGAGUUAAAAUAAUGAUAUUCUACCAUGGCCGCGUCCAUUACAGACGAGUGGAAUGUCCCGAAAAGUGAUGACGAGCAAGAUAGCUCUGAAGCCAAGGGAAAUAAAGUGGAAGACGAGCUGGAUAUUCCUUUAAAGGUUUUACUUCUUUACAGAGAAAUCGAGAAAAACGGUUUUAUUGAACUCAAAGUUAAGGAGUGCAGACGUAGUGUAAAAGAGAAUGUUGUACAGCCCUGCGAGGAAGAAAAAGGAGAAGAAGGAAAGGACAAAGUAAUCAAUUCAACUGCUGAAGAAACAAGCACUGUUCUUGAACCUGAUGGGAAACUGAAUGCGAUCUUUGCUGCUAACGUCGAGAAGGACAAGUAAGUCAGUACAAUCAUUAAUGUCAUGGAGAAAACAUUGAGAGCUAGAGAAUUCCACUGUUUUUGAUUCAUGAAAUCCACCUCUUUUUGCUUUUCUAGUAAAUCGAAUCAUUUCUGUUCUUAGUCUCAUUUCUGUACAUGUACGUUCGCAUACAAACUCCCCACGGGAUGUCAAAGCGUUUCCGGUUCCGCUUUUUGACAAUCCGGCUGCUCUUUCACUACACUACUGGUACUGACUAAAAACCUGUAUUCGGGCAAUUAACGUGUGGGAUUUCAAAAUAGAUGUGAUACAUUUGUGCCACGUAGCCACUGUUUUAGAGGUUAUAGCUUUGAAGUGGUUGGGUAUUCUGCAGUUAAGCCCAGUAUUGAUGUGACAUCAUGUUUGUGAUGAUCUUAUACCACAUUGCACCCCAGAAUAGGCCACUUGCACUAAGAGGUCACGUGGUCAAUGCUUCCUUUAAACAAUGAGUUGGAAUCUUGCUGAUGCCGAAAAUUGUUAGAGCACAUAAAAAUUAUCUUACACCCGAAAUUUGAGAGGAAAUGCAUUUAAGGGAGAUAUUUUAUGGCAGUUUGAUUUUUCAGGAAAGUAGUAUGAUUUGUAUCGGCCACCAUGUAAGAGGGCAUGCUUUUGCCCUCCAACAUGACAGCCAAAACUACUUCUUGCUUAUAUCUUGUUCAACGUUUCUUAGUUACGCUCAGAUGUGCUGUAAACGUUAUCACAUCAUCUUUUCAACAUUUUCCUUGAAGUGUAAGUGCAAAAUUUGUGUAAUUCAUAAUUUUAAAAAUUACAUUUUGGUCACAUGACCAUUUACGAACUUAUUCAUUUAAAGAAAAUGGUGCGGGUUUGAAAAACCAAAUCACCAUUAUUUUGUUUAAGAUAUGACCCACUAAUCGUUUUUCGCAGGCAAAAUCAUAUAACUUUCAUUUUCAUAAAAGCGAUGUCACAUGCCUAUUAGUGCACAUGGCCUAUCCCGGUGUAGUCAAUCAAACGUAAUCAAACUCCAGUUAUUUGAUUGACUUCGAUUGGGUUCGGAAAUCAAACAUUAACUCUACCCAAAUUUUGACAAUCAAACAGUGCUGUCAACUCUCACAGAUAAUCCGGGAGACCCCAGGCCCCGGUUGUUCAAACGUCGGAUAGCGCUAUCAACCGGAUAAAUCACUAUCCAGCGGAUAGCGUAAUUGAUUUCCGUAAUACUUAUCCGGUGGAUAGUGAUUUAUCCCGUGGAUAGCACUAUCCAAUGUUUGAACAACCAGGGUCAGAUUUUGGACCGUAUCUCCUGGUCUCCAGAUUAGAGUACAAAAUCUCCUGGAUAUUCUCCGAAGAUUGUCAUUCAGUUGUAGACUCGACUUUUUGAGAAUAAACUUUUAAAUAUUCUACGUUGUUUGAUCUAUUUUACUAGUAACAUCGAACAUUUCCUCAUAAACUUCAGUAUGGUAUAUUAUUUCAUUGUAAUAUAUGCAAUAAUUUGAAACAUCACAAAUUCAUGACGAUCAGGUCAACAAGUAUUUUUUGCACAAAUGAUGUCAUAUACUGUGCAAUAUGAUGUCAUCUAUCAUCCAUUUCCUAUCAAUUCUAAAUAUUUGAAGACAUGGGGGGUUGACAGCCCUGAUCAAGUGUCGUUGAAGGGGGUGUCUGUAAAACCUACAAAGAUCAAGUGAGGACCUGUAUGUAAAUCGAUGUAAAACAACAUGUGGAUAAUGGCUAACUUGCAACACACUUCCCCACAGUCCAACACGCAUAUUAUUGAUGGGCUUACAGAUCUGCCUUGUCUAUGCCAGAGGCCAGUUUUGGUGGACCCCACCCUUAACUGGACAACCAAGAGUUGGUCCCUGCUGUUAUUGUCAUUUUCCUUGACUCCCUGUACCUGUUAGGCAGAUGUCUGUCUUACACAGACACUUGAUGACAAUUAACCUAGCAGUGUCUGUCCUAAAAACAGUUGUCUGUAGGUAGUUUCGAAAACGAAGCACUCGAAAACGAAGACCGAAGCACGAAGCACCCAAAACUCGAAAACGAAGCACCCAAAUCUCGAAAACGAAGCACCCAAAUCUCGAAAACGAAGCACCCUAUCUCGAAAACGAAGCACCCAAAUCUCGAAAACGAAGCACCCUAUCUCGAAAACGAAGACCCCAAAAUCUCGAAAACGAAGCACUCAAAACUCGAAAACGAAGACCCCUAAAUCUCGAAAACGAAAACUCGAAACCACUGUAGGUUUAAUAAGUGCAACUUUACGUCUUACAUGACGCAAUCCGAAUCAGGUGGAGGCAGCGGAUGCGUCCGCACCUUCAAAGGUCCACAAAAUCCAUCCCAAGGUUUUAUAACCAAACUGUUUCACUGAACGUUUCUAGAUAGGAUAUCCUGUAUUAAUUUUAAUAUUAGUCUCGCUAUACUUGAUAUAUCUUACCUUAAUAUGCAUUUUUUCGGUACACAUACAUGUUUAUGUAGACUUCAAAACUGUCCGUCAGCAGAUUUUGGUAUAUUCAAGUACGCGUGAGCAGUAACACAAAAGGUCUGAAACGAGGCUGAAAACGGAGUGUGAGGCUCGCCAGACAUUUUACGCCCACGUUUACCAACUUCUUUACUGAUUUUGAGAAAAAAAAACCGAUUGUUUUGCAGUCUAACAUAUUGGAUAUCUAUGACACUGCGUGAUCAGAUCAGAUCAGAUCAAGGCAGAAUUUGUUCUAGGAUAACAGCCUGGGACCAGGCUCUAUGGUGGCGGGAACAGGAGAAUUCGUUAUCGUGCUUGAUUCCUGCUGUAUUAGCAUUGGACUGGUGUUUAUAAAGGACAGACCGGUUUCGAGUUUUUGGGUGCUUCGUUUUCGAGAUAGGGUGCUUCGUUUUCGAGAUUUGGGUGCUUCGUUUUCGAGAUUUGGGUGCUUUGUUUUCGAGUUUAGGGUGCUUCGUUUUCGAGAUAGGGUGCUUCGUUUUCGAGAUUUGGGUGCUUCGUUUUCGAGAUUUGGGUGCUUCGUUUUCGAGUUUUGGGUGCUUCGUGCUUCGGUCUUCGUUUUCGAGUGCUUCGUUUUCGAAACUACCGUUGUCUGUAUGCUUCAUUUGUAACCAAUGCUUAUUUUACAGGGCUCCUGAACCAUCAGCCUUUGAUUACAUGGAGGAAUCCAUCGACGAAACUUCACACAUUACAAGAAAAAUUCCAAAGACAGGUUUGUUUUGAAUUUUUGUGUCUUAAUGGCUACAGGGUUGAGCUUUAUAAAAUAAGCCCUAAUUACAACUGCUAAUGAAUGACAUUAGAAUAGAAUAAUAAAUAGAUAUUCGGAGUGAAAUCAAAUAUUAUUUUGUUAAACCCUCAAAACGUGUCAUGAGGAUAAAAUCUGGCAGAAAAAAUUCUUCUUUUAGUGGAGGAAAAAUGAUUCCUCAUCAAAAAGGUCACUUCCAAAAUGUCAAACCUUCAAAAGUCCUUGGGUGCUAAUUUCAAACCCAUCACUGUAAUUAUUAACCUGUAGUUAGUAACCUGGACCUGUGCCCACCCUGCCUCCUCAGAUUAAAGAGAGAAGAACAUUUUAAGAUUGCCUUUUAAAGACCACUUUUGUCAUGAACUCAUCCUGUUCAAAGGUUCUUAUUGUUUUUGUUGUUAGUAUUUAUUAAGUUUUCAGCAAACUGAUGUGAGUGAAAUCUUUUUUUAUUAUCCAUUAGAACGCCUUCAUAGAAAAAGAGUAGGAACACUAGAGAAUGUCAUUUCAGACUUGAAGCGGUUUAGAGACAUGGAUACAAAAGAGACAGAGAAUACAGAUAACAAAAGUGUUCUAGAGACAAAAUCUGAUACAACUGCUACAAAUAAAGACUCAAAAGGACUAUGA